GAUAAGCAGCGUUGCAAGUUUGUAUAUAGUUGUCCAAGUUGAAAAAGCCGAACUUAAGUUGCUACUUGUGUAUCGCCCCUAAAGAGUCUUCGGUCACAUUAAAGAGUUGGAUACAACACAUUAAACUGUAAAUCGCAAGUUUUCUUCCUCUUCUUCGGAUUCUUACGUAGAAUGCCAUUAUGAUAACUGUGCGUUGGCCGUUGUACGAUAAGAAAUAAAUUUGAGCCUAAUAGGGUAAAACCUGGCUUCGGAGUAUGCGCCGCACGUACCGUCUGAUCAACUUCCUUAUCUCAGGCUGCCUCAUCAGCAUUCUGAGAGGCGAGCGUCUGGGAUGUUGCCGUAAUUUCGGAAUUCUCGACUGUUUGAAACUUAAAGUUAGCGAAGCCAUUAUUGCACGAAUUAUGUUUGAGUUUAAACUUGAUAUUAAUUUAGCCUUAUACGAAGCUGUAGAAUUGUGGAAUAAUUAUGAAUUGUUAAAUCCUCGUUGAAGAUUGGUGUUUGUGACGUUCAUAGACUACAAAUAUGGGACCAUAAAUGAAAAAAUGAGACGUUAAAUGCCAAGGAAAUGACAUCUUUUGGGAUUUUGAAUACUUUAUUGUUUUUCAUUAUUUUUCACAGAAACUACUUGAUUUUAUUUCGUUAUCCAAGACGAAUUGCUAGCACAGUCCCAUCUGCAUUAGCACCCCGUUCAUCGAGUGUUAAUAAUCGUUUUACGUCAAUUUAUUUGGACGGAGUGCAGACUGUAUUUCUCCCUAGUUAUAUUCUUAACGAUUCUAUUUUGUGGUCGAAUGGUGAAGGGAGAGGUGAUAAUGGAGAUGAUAAGCAAGAAGCAAGUCAAGCAGAAGAGCCUAAAGAACCGGAAUCUAAAGAAGCUCCUGAAUCCAAAGAUGCUGCGGUUCAAACAGAUACAGAAGUAACUGAAAGAUCAGCAGAGGAAAGGAGAAGUACCCCAGGUUAUCCAGACCCUCCUCAUACAACUAGCAGGAUACCCACUUACGAUGAGUAUGCGAGGUAUAGAGACCCCAUAAGACCUCCUGACAGUCACUAUCCUCCUGGACCAGGUCCUUUCUAUAGAAGACGCUCAGCAGGAGAUACGGUUAAAGUUAAUUUUAAAGUGGCAAUUUUAGGAUUGGGCGUAUAUUCGUUGUUAUAGAUUCUUUUAAUGUUAAUCAUAAAUGGUAUUUUAUUAAUAUUUUAGGUUACAGUAAGGAUUUAGUAAUAAA